AUGGCAAGAUCAUUUCAAAAAAGAAGAAUAGGUAUGAUCGUAUUAUUUAUUUUAUGUGGAACAGCUGAUGUUAAAUGCAGUUUACCUAUCGACUUGGCUUCUGAAGAAAAAGUGCUACCGCCAACAUCAUUACCUCUAACUUCAGCUUCAUCGAUCCUCACAACUGUGAAUAUGUCAACAUCUACCUACGUCACAGCCAUACCUCCUAUACCUCCGAGUGACAGAGACAGGUUCCUUACAUUCGCGGAGUCGGGACACCAUCAGACAUUCAUGUUUGCCAAGGACAAUACCUUUAUACAAUUAGAUGGUGAUAUUAUACAAAGGUUUCAGUUAAGAUUAUGCAGAGAAAUAUCAUUUAAGUUUCGGACAAGGCUCCCGCAUGGCCUACUUGUGUACCAUAAUGUUAAAAAUCCAGUUUUUAAAAUGCAACCUUAUGCAUUAUACGUAAUUGUUGAAAAAGGUGAACUAAAAGUUGUUCAUGUAUUUGGUAAACACUUAACAUCAGUGACUGUAGGGAGAGCGUUGAAUAGAGAUCAGUGGCACAGUGUAGUGGUCACUAUUGAUGUCCACGGAGCGAGACUUAUUGCUAAAGUGGACCAUCUCAAGGAAGAAGUGUAUUUGAAGGGUUUAAGUUUCGACACUAAUUACGGAAUCACUGAUAAUUUGACAUCUGUCAUUCUUAUCGGAGGUCUUAGUUCCGAAGAGAAACUCCACGGUGUGAAAUACAUAAUAGAAUCAUUCGUUGGCUGCAUCAGCGACAUGGUCCUUAGCUCUGGCAAAGCAGCAUCCGAUCUACUACCGAUAGUACCUCUCAUAGCAACUAAACAUGAAAACGUUAAAGAAGGUUGCAUUGACAAAUGCUGGACUAUUGAAAACUUGUGCUUCAAAGGUUCCAGAUGUAUCAAUGAAUAUUACGGGUAUAGAUGCGACUGCUUUGGUACUUUGUAUGAAGAACAACUUUGUGAUGUUUUCACGGCGACAGUGCUGACUCUGAGGGGAUCGAGUUACGUGUCGUAUCGCGUGUACGACUGGAAGGACCGAGUCCACUCCACCAAUACUCGCGUCAGCAUGCAUUUCAAGACUCGCUUCGACGACUCAGCGCUAUUCUACGCAAGCGGUCAGAUUGAUGAUAAACAUCACUAUAUCGCUCUAUCGAUACAUGAUAAAAAAGUUGCCAUACAAAUAGAUCUAGGCGACGGCCCUGUAGAGGAUUACUUAGGACAAAAAGUCAAUAACAAUAUGUGGCACAAUCUCACUGUCUUGCUACAAGACCAAACAAUCCAAGUUUACUUAGACAACAUAACAGAAACAUACGAAAUACCAGGUAAUGCCAGAUACGUAUGUAUUGAUCCUGAAAUCUACAUAUGCGGUGGUCCAGAUCUGCACAAAAUGAAAGGGCUAAAAUCUUUUAACAACUUCGCUGGAAAUGUUAAAUACGUUUAUUACAAUGAUGUGUCAAUAUUGUACGAAUUGAAGCAAAAUAACCCUAAAGUCCAUUACAUAGGAGUGUUGGACCCAGAAUUUGAUGAGAUAGAUAUUGAAGUUAUACCGAUUACGUAUCCUUUUGCCACGUCCCAUAUCUGGUGGCCGUUGAAUCAAAGCCACAGUGUAAAUUUGAGAUUUGACUUUAAAACUAGCAAAAACAUGGCUGUAUUGGCUUACAGUCAGACAUCUUCGCAAGGAUAUUGGGAGGUGAGAAUGGUAAAGGAAGAGAUUAGGUUUGAAUUAGUGUCCGAUGUUGGUAAAAACGUGUCGGUAUUGAAAUCCGUGAAGUUCAACGUAAGCAAUGACUGGCACAAUGUGGAGUUGGAUUACAGAAAAGGACGGAUCAGAUUGACGGUAGACCAUUAUAAUAAACAAGUGCAAAUGUUUGGUUUGGAUUUCGAACUUCUAGACAAGAUCGUAAUAGGCAGCGGUCUCAAAUCAGCUAACUUAGGUCUAAUUGGCUGCAUGAGGAACAUAAAAAUAAACGGUUUGCUGAUAGAGCCCCGGUUCGUUAUAAUGACCGAGAGAGUGGUCGGUGAAGUGGCUAUAGACGAUUGCCGAUAUGUAGAUCCUUGUACGCGGCCCAACACCUGCGAGCACGGAGGAAUAUGUUCUGUUAGGGAGGACCGGGUUAUCUGCAACUGUGAGAAUACUGGCUAUAUUGGCGAAAACUGUCACUUUGCCACUUUUCGAAAGACUUGCGAAGAACUAGCUCUACUUGGAUACACUCGGAAUGACGUAUAUCUAAUAGACAUUGACGGUAAUGGAAAAUUUCCACCAGCACAUGUCAAGUGUGAGUUCCAAAUAGAAGCGGACUCUUCUACUACUGUUGUGGAACAUAACUUACCUAGCCAAGUCGAUGUCCGGUCAGCGAUAGGUCAAGACUUUAGUUUUAAUAUCAAGUACAGAGAAUUCACAGCCGAAAUGUUACAAGAACUGAUUUCCCACUCGUUGUACUGCCGUCAGUAUAUUAAAUAUGAUUGCAUGAAAGCGCCCUUAGAGUUACACAGCGCCACUUGGUUUAUAUCGUCGUCUAACAAUACCGUGGACUUUUUGGGAAGUGUUAAAAGAGGCUACUGUCCUUGCGGAGUAAACGCGACGUGCGUAAAUGCCUCCAAGUCAUGCAAUUGUGACUCUAAUGAUGAUAAAUGGCACUCGGACGAGGGGACCUUCGUGAAGCCAACCAGUCUGGGUAUAACCGAUAUGUACUUUCUGCAGCAGAAAGAUUUACCUGAAGAUGCUCAAGGUAGAAUUACUUUGGGGCCUUUAGAAUGCGUCGAAACAAAUACCCAACGCUAUGUGGUAACAUUCACAACAUCACAGUCGUACAUAGAGGUGCCAGGUUGGAGGAAGGGAGACAUCGCGUUCAGUUUUAGAACAACCGGUACAAGCGCCAUCUUGCUGUUCCAACCUCCCAUCAGGCCUAAUUAUCCUUCAUUCAUGGUCGCUUUAACCAGUGAACACGAAUUGACCUUCAACUUUACACUCAACACGGGAACUACGAGGAAGCUAGUCAUCAAUUCCAAACGCAAACUGAACGGCGGUGAAUGGCACAAAAUAUGGAUCGACUACAACUUCUAUCACGUUAGGUUUAUGCUCAACACUGAAUAUCAAAUGCUCAAUUUAUUAUUGGAAGAAGAGUUUGGUCCGUUUGAAGGUUCUAUGUUCAUUGGUGGUGCUACCGCGGAACAUCUAAAAAAAUCAGCAGUAAAUCAAGGUUUAAUCGGCUGCUUUAGAGGUUUGGUAGUAAAUGGUGAAAUUUUAGACAUCUACAGUUACAUGUCGGUACAUUUAUCCGAGAUCAUAAAAGAUUGUAAGCCUUCCUGCGUACCAAACCCAUGCCAGAACAAGGCCAUCUGCAAGGAACUGUGGUCGAGCUACGAGUGUAUUUGUAAGAAUCCCUGGGCUCAUCUGGGGACACAUUGUGAGGAAAAUAUAAACGAAAAGGCUUUAACAUUUCAAACAAAAGAAUCGUAUCUCAAGAAAAACUACUUAGUUGAUAACGCAACGGAUAUAGAAAAGAAUCGUUUGAAAAAAAUGAUGACAGAAAAAGUACUCAUGAAUUUACGAACAUAUGACGACAAUGCACUAGUACUAUACGCGAACGAUAAUCUCAACAAUUUCAUACACUUAUUCAUUCAUAAUGGUACUGAAAUUAUUUAUCUCUUCAACGAUGAAGAUGAAAUUAUUCAAAUGAAUGUAACGUACCAAAAGAUCAAUAAAGGUGAAAGCGUGCAGAUUGCUAUCAUAAGAACCGAUAAUACCACAACGUUACAUGUAAAUGAAAAAAAUACAACGAUUGAAAGAACGGCAAAGCUCUUAACUGAUUACACCAAUAAGCCUUGGAUAAAUCCUGAAUUAGAGGUAAUUCGUCCACAACGCCCUCCAGCUCCUCCGACUGAUUACUUCCAAAUGAACUUAGGAGGCUACGACGCAUACUCUCUACAUUUAGCACCAAGAGCCAGUUUACUCCCGCAGGGAGGUUACGUUGGCUGUGUAAGAGGGUUCAAGAUAGCUGACCACGUAGUUGAUUUAUCUAGGAAAGCACUGGAGGCUACUGAUCAAGAUCUAACUGGUGUACUAGCAAAAUGCAACAUGAAAUGUGAUUCAGAACCUUGCAAGAAUGGUGGAGUUUGUACUGAGGACUUCACGAACCAGGAGUCGAGCUGCGACUGCGAACUAACCAGCUACUUUGGUGAGAACUGCGUCGAAGAAAAGGCAGCCGAUUUUAAUGGAGAAAGCAUUUUGCAGAGGAAAUUUAUCUUACCUGGUCCUGUGUUGAAGGUCAAAAUAAAAUUGGCAUUCUCCAGCAACGACCUGCGACAAAAGAACACAGUCUUGUUACUAGUUCAAACAGAAAAUAAACGUAGUUAUUAUUUACUAGUUGCUAUAACACAAGAUGGCUACUUAAAAUUCGAGGAGAACCGGGAGGAGGAAGCCUAUGGAGCUGAAGUUCAAAGUAGAAACUUUUUGAAUGGAGCCCGCCACACAAUCUACUACACUCGUACAAACCAAGAGGCAAAACUUCUGAUAGACAGAAUAGAAGUACCCCUUCAGAUAGUUCCUCCACAAGUCGUGUGGGACGUGUUCGAUGUUGGCUCCAACGAGGUACAGGUCGGGGGACUUAAUACUACUGAUCCAAGGUUAAAAAUUUACAAGGGAUAUAAUGGAUGUCUUUCAAACAUUCUUGUAGAAAUAAAUGAAUAUGAAAUGAAACCGUUAGAAGAAUACAUGUUGUUCACUCGGCUCAAUUCAGCCGAAGUGAACGCUGUUAACGCGCACGGUGUGCGUUCUGCUCAAUGUUCCACCGACUUCGACGAAGCUUGGCCUGAACAUACGCAACUGGCUACGAGGAAUGGUAGUUUUCCUGUUAGCGUAGACAAAACGUGGGUAGAAGAUCCGCCCUCACGCAACCCUUACGAAUCAUUUUACACGCCACCCGACACUGAAGAAGAAAACACAGACAAAAUUUUUAUAUCACUAAUAGUUAUUUUUAUAGUAGGGUUGUGCUACACUGGAUAUCAUAUGUGGCGAACACACAAAGCUUACAAAUUGAACCUGGAAAAACAAACUGAUGAGAAUAUUAUGAGAAGUAAAGAACAGGCCACCAAACUGCAGGAGCCAGCGAUAUCGUUCAUACAAAUAAAUAAAGACACUGAGGAUCCGAUAAAAACCAUUGAUAAAAUAAAUGGUGUAACUAUCGACGCAGCUCCAACUGUCAUAGUCGAGAUAUCAACAGAGAGCCCUGCCAGUAGAAAAGGAUCCUUGAGAUUUAGAGAUGUUGUUGAUAAAGACAGAGUAUGGGAGACAUUAGAAGAAAAAGAUGAGGUGACAGAGAGUGAAAAUGACACAGAUGUUGAACCUGAAGAAGGCAAUGGUCCAGAUGAAAACCAUAAUCAAGAUAAUGAGGAAACGACCAGCUCUUCAUCAGAUGGUGAAAAGUAUUCGAACUCCUAUCAAGAUCUUUCAGUGAUUGGCCGCAAGGAUCUCAAGGGUCCCCCGACGUUGAACACUCAACUGCCGUACAAGAUAGAAGAAGACGAAUCCAAUGAAAUACUCACAUCAACUGCUUAG